GUCGUGUUCUCCCGCCCUUCUACCAGAACUUUAUUCUUUUCAGACUUUCUUUGUCAAGCCGCCAAAGUGGAGAGUGUCGUUGCACCAGGGGGUCCUUCUCGUUUCAGCGAGUCCCUGGGGAAAGCCCCAGGUUCUAGCGCUCAGAGAUGGAUACCUUCUCGAAGCACUAGACGAGAUGCCAACUCCUCCGGCGAGAAAGGACAAAAUGAUGCAAUCUUCAGAAAAGUGAGAGGCAUAUUAAAUAAGCUGACUCCUGAGAAGUUUGACAAACUAUGCCUGGAGCUCCUCAAUGUGGGUGUAGAUUCAAAACUUGUCUUAAAAGGAAUCAUCUUGUUGAUUGUUGACAAAGCCCUUGAGGAGCCCAAAUAUAGCCAGUUAUACUCUCAACUAUGUCUCCGCUUGGCAGAAGAUGCACCAAACUUUGAAGACCCAUCAACAGAAAAUCAAGCAGUGCAAAAGCAGAAUACUACCUUCAGACGGCUUCUGAUUUCUAAGCUUCAAGAUGAGUUUGAAAACCGUGCCAGAAAUGUUGAACUCUUUGACAAACAUGAUGGCCCUCUCACCUCUGAGGAAGAGGAGCAGCGUGCUAUUGCAAAGAUCAAAAUGUUGGGCAACAUUAAAUUCAUUGGGGAACUUGGCAAACUCAACCUCAUCCACGAAUCCAUUCUUCACAAGUGUGUUAAAACACUUUUGGAGAAAAAGAAGAGAGUCCAACUUAAGGAUAUGGGUGAAGAUUUGGAAUGCCUCUGUGAGAUAAUGAAAACGGUGGGACCUAAAAUUGAUCACGACAAAGCUAAGUCUCUGAUGGAUCAGUACUUUAGCCGCAUGCGAUGCUUAACCAACAACACGGAGCUGCCUGCAAGGAUUCGUUUCCUGCUGCAGAACACGGUGGAGCUGCGAGACAACAACUGGGUACCUCGCAAAGCUUAUGUCGACAACGGACCCAAGACCAUCAGCCAAGUUCGUCGGGAUGCAGUAAAGGAUCUGGGUGUUUUUAUUCCACCCCCAUCUGAUGGAAUGAGGAAUGACUUCUUCAUGGAGAACUCUUACCUGCCAACAAAGGUCAAGUAUGACCGGGAAACUCUUGGUGGGCUGGCUGACAUGUUUGGACAAAUGCCUGGAAGUGGCAUUGGUACAGGUCCAGGAGUCAUUCAAGAUCACUAUUCCCCGACCAUGGGGCGUCACCGUGCAAACCCACUUUUCAAUGGCCACAUUGGAAACGGGAACAAUUCACACCAGCCUCAGUUUGAUGGAGGAAACAAGCCUUUCUUGAAACCAAACCAGGGGCAGAGUUCACCAGUUUUCAACCAUAAACAGAAUCACUCAGGGCAGAUGCAGUCUAAGGACAUGGCUCCACGGUUCAGCAAGAAGGGUAAAGUCAACGCUGAUGAGAUCAGUCUGAGGCCAGCUCAGUCAUUUACGAUGAAUAAAAAACAAGUGCCAAAGCUGCAGCCACAAAUCACAAUGAUUCCUCAGAGUGCGCAAGGUUCACUGGGUCAGGCUCCACAGCUUGGCCUGAAGGCGAACCCUCCUCCGAUUCAGGAAAAACCUGUAAAGUCUAAUAAGGCUCCUCCUACAAAAGAAGAGUUGCGCAAAAUGACUGAGACACUUGUGGCAGACUACCUGAACAGCAAGAAUAUCAGUGAUUCAGUGGAUGCCGUGAGGGAGUUUAAGGCUCCCAAGCACUUCCAGUCUGAGAUGCUAAACAGGAUUGUGGUAUAUUCCCUUGAUCGUUCGGAUGACGACAAGGAAAGUGUGAGCACCCUGAUUCAUGCACUCUGCACAGAAGGUCUAGUUACUGGUGAAAACCUGAUGCAGGCUUUCCUGAGUGUUCUAGAUCAGUGUCCCAAGAUUGAGGAGGAAGUUCCACUGGUGAAGUCGUACCUGGCACAGUUUGCAGCUCGAGCCAUCGUUGCGGAUUUGAUCAGCAUUGCUGAUUUGGCCCAUCAGCUGGAGAACGGUGCACAUUUCCCACUUUUCCUCCUCUGCAUGCAGCAGCUGGUGAAACUGAGGGACCGCGAGUGGCUGUCUGACCUAUUUCAACAGAGCAAAGUCAACAUGCAGAAGAUGCUACCUGAAAUUGACCAGAACAAAGAUCGGAUGCUGGAGAUUCUGGAGGGCAAAGGCCUCAGCUUUUUGUUCCCAUUGAUGAAACUGGAGAAAGAGUUGCUGAAGCAGAUCAAAGUUGACCCUUCACCACAGUCCAUCUACAAGUGGAUCAAGGACAACAUCUCUCCUAAACUCCACACCGACAAAGGUUUUGUCAACAUCCUUAUGACCAGUUUCCUGCAGUACAUCUCUUAUGAAACCAACCCUCACGAUGAUGAGGAGCAGCUUUCUGCUCCCACUAAGGAACAGCUGGAUGAGGAGAAGCAGCUGCUUCUGUCUUUCAAACCUGUAAUGCAGAAGUUCCUACAUGAUCACAUCGAACUGCAAGUCGGUGCACUGUAUGCUCUGCAGGUCCACUGCAAUACCAAGGCCUUCCCAAAAGGGAUGUUAUUGCGCUACUUUGUGAACUUCUAUGACAUGGAGAUAAUUGAAGAAGAAGCCUUCCUUUCAUGGAAGGAAGACGUCACCCAAGAGUAUCCAGGAAAGGGAAAAGCAUUAUUUCAGGUGAAUCAGUGGCUCACCUGGCUUGAAACAGCAGAGGAAGAAGAGUCUGAGGAUGAAGAGUACUGAGGAAAACGCUCAAAGCCAUGUUAUCAGAAUGCAAUGAAUUUAUAUUUACAAUUUAACUCCUUUCUCUUCUCUUACUGCUUUCUCACCACUGUUACAGUUUGUCCACAAUGUUUGAAGCCAGCAUCUCCUCCACCUCACUGUACUUGUGCUUUUUUCUGAUGAGGUCCUACAGCAGAUGUUUUUAUACAUUUCAACACUGUUUAACAGUAGGCAGUAUUUGGCAGGAACUGUACCAGCACUAACACCUGACUCAUUGUAUUAACUUUACAUCUGCUGGGAGACUCAAAGUGCUGCCAUUCCUAUUUAAACUGUUUACAAAGAGAAGCCUGACCUGUCAGACAUUUCUCUCUUUUUAAUCUGUAUUGGUUAAUCAGUUUUACGUGCACUUUGCUCAACAUCAUGAGUCGUUGCAAUAGUAAAAUAUAAUCUCUUGAUUUAACGGUCCUAAGUUGCAGUUGUCACCUGUACGUUGGUGGGUUUAAUAUCCGUAACAAUGGCCUGUUUUAUUUGCACGGUUUCACCCACACUUAGUCUAAAGAGCUUUUAUGUAUGAAACAUUUGUGCUGUUAGGAAUUAAUCUGUGGCCUUUUUAAUUUAUCAGUUGACAUGGAUAUACCUCUAAUGCAUCUUGGACUAUACUUGAAUGUCUCCAUUUUUAACACUGAGACAGCCAAAGCUUCAUUUCCUAUGCUCUAGUUGCUUACCACCAUGUAAACAAACAUUAAGUCCAUUUGCAGUGUUUGUCAACCUUUUUAAUGUUUUUUUUUAAUCUCCAUUAAAGAAUGUACUGUAUGUGCACGCUUCAUUCUUUGUCACUGUAAUUUUGUGCUAAACAUAAAGUUGGAAACUACAGCGCAAAUGUUGAAUAAAGUUAAGUCCAUUUCAUUUAAAACUUGAUCUGAAUCAUUUAAUGCCUUUAGCAGCUGUCCUGCAGUGUGACUGUGUUAGACUCCAUGUCCUGGCAGAUAAAUAAUUGGUUGUGACUAAUAAAAUCUGAAGAGUGAAAGCUGAA